AACAGAGGAACAAAACCAAAGAAUGAAUCAAGUGAAGAAGAAAAGAUUCAGAGGAAACAGGACAGGACUGAAGAAGGGGUUCUGUCAUCUGUGGUGUGUGCGACAACGACGAACCUCUCUUUCAUUGGAUCCUGAUGUCUAAAGAAACUGACGUGGAAAACCCUAGUAAUAACCCCACUGUUCAAAAGGGUGUGGAUGUGAAUGUGAGUGAUGAUGAGGGAAAUUGGUACACUUCGUUGGUGCAUCAAAUUUCAGUGUAUGGUGUGGCUGCUGGGUACUGUUUGUCUGCGUCUUUGCUUUCCAUAAUCAACAAAUGGGCAGUGAUGAAAUUCCCAUACCCUGGUGCCCUAACCGCCUUACAGUACUUCACAAGCGCGGCCGGGGUCUUCCUUUUCGGCCGGUUUAAGCUCCUGGAGCAUGACCCCCUUGACCUUAUGACCAUGUGGCGGUUCUUGCCCGCGGCCAUCAUAUUCUACCUGUCCCUUUUCACCAACAGCGAGUUGCUCCUCCAUGCCAAUGUUGACACAUUCAUUGUGUUCCGCUCGGUUGUUCCCUUGUUUGUUGCGGUUGGGGAGACGCUGUUCUUGCACCAGCCGUGGCCGUCAGGGAAGACGUGGGCCUCCCUGGGCACCAUCGUGACUGGCAGUGUGCUCUAUGUGGUUACAGAUUAUCAGUUUACUUUCAUGGCGUACACCUGGGCGUUGGCCUACUUGGUUAGCAUGACUAUAGAUUUUGUUUACAUAAAGCAUGUAGUUAUGACGAUUGGUUUGAACACAUGGGGUCUUGUGUUGUACAAUAAUCUUGAGGCUCUUCUGCUUUUUCCGUUGGAGCUUCUGAUUAUGGGUGAGCUGAAGAAGAUCAAGCAUGAGAUCCAAGAUGAGUCUGAUUGGCACUCAUUCCAAGUCAUUUUGCCAGUGGGGUUGUCAUGCCUGUUUGGUCUGUCAAUCUCUUUCUUUGGAUUUUCUUGCCGCAGGGCAAUUUCUGCAACAGGAUUUACUGUCCUUGGUAUAGUGAACAAACUGUUGACUGUUGUGAUCAAUUUGGUAAUAUGGGACAAGCAUUCAACAUGGGUGGGUACGGUGGGUCUUUUGAUUUGUAUGCUGGGUGGGAUUAUGUAUCAGCAAUCAACAAGCAAGCCGAAGGCUGCAAAACAGGUGAGUGCACAGGAAAAUGAGGGGGAACAAGAGAAAUUGCUUGAGAUGCAAGUCAAUUCAGAGACCAACAUCAAUAAUAAUGAAGUUAAUAAACCAAGGGAGGAAAGCUGAAACUAUUUUCUUAUAGGACAAUUCCAUAUUUCCUUUCAAGUGUAUGUUUGUUUCACAGGUAUUUGAUAUAAAUUAUUGUCUCAUUUUUUGUAACUGUCAAUUCAUGAUUCUUUACAACGCUAUCUCCUUGCAUGGCAAGCUCAUUGGCAUUCUGGUAUGUAGGGUUUUAUUUACUUUAGCUGCUGUAAUAUAAAAUCUAUUAUUUAAGUACUUGAUAGAUAAAUGCCAUUCAAUUCGGUUCUUUAACUUUUAA